GAUAAGAAAUACUGCCAAGUAUUAUUAUUAGUAGAAGUAGGUUAAUUCAAAUAAUUGUGGAUAUUAUAAUUUUUUAAAUUUUUGGAUAAACUCAAUUUAUAAUAAUGUCUGCUGUCACUGAGUUGGAUAACUCUGAAUUGAUGAAUGUAAAAGAUUCAUGGCUUAAUAAAACGAGUAUCAGGAAUUCAAAUUACAUACAAAAUGAAAACUCAUCGUUACCCAAAAAAGGGGAAACUAAUAUUCUUGUAACUUCAGCUCUUCCGUAUGUUAACAAUGUUCCUCAUCUUGGAAAUAUAAUUGGUUGUGUAUUGUCUGCUGAUGUUUUUGCAAGGUAUUGUCGGCUUCGUGGUUGGAAUACUUUAUAUAUUAGUGGUACAGAUGAAUACGGUACUGCUACUGAGACUAAAGCAUUAGAAGAAGGUUUAACACCCCAGCAAAUAUGUGACAAGUAUUUUGAAAUUCAUAAAGAAAUUUACUCAUGGUUUAAUAUUGGUUUUGAUUACUUUGGCAGAACUACAUCACCUAAACAAAUUGGAAUUGUUCAAGAAAUAUUUCAAGUAGUUUAUAAUAAUGGUUAUACUACAACUGCUUCUAUGGAACAACUUUUGUGUGAAAACUGUGAUCGAUUUUUAGCAGAUAGAUUUGUUGAAGGAACAUGUCCUCGGUGUAGUCACGAAGAUGCUAGAGGUGAUCAGUGUGAUGGCUGUGGUCAUUUGAUUAAUGCAACUGAGUUAUUAAACCCUAGAUGUAAAACUUGUCAAAAAAAUCCGGUUAUUCGGAAUUCUCAACAAUUAUUUUUAAAUUUACCUAAAAUAGAAAAUAAAUUGAAUAAAUGGGUUGAAAAAUCUGGUGAUAAGUGGUCAUACAAUGCAAAAGUAAUUACAAAAUCAUGGAUGAAAGAUGGUUUAAAAGAAAGAUGUAUUACUAGAGAUUUGAAAUGGGGUAUUCCAGUUCCUCUUGAUGAAUUCAAGUCAAAAGUAUUUUAUGUGUGGUUUGAUGCACCUAUUGGCUAUAUGAGUAUGACUGCAUCUCAUACUCCUGAAUGGCGCAAAUGGUGGCAACCUGAAAAUGAUGUCAAUAUUACAUAUUACCAAUUCAUGGCAAAGGAUAAUGUACCAUUUCACUCUGUUAUGUUUCCAGCAACGCUUAUGGCAACUGAACAAAAUUAUACUAUGGUUAAUCAUAUAAUGGCCACAGAAUAUUUAAAUUAUGAAGAUAGUAAAUUUUCUAAAUCUCGUGGAAUUGGAGUUUUUGGUAAUGAUGCUCGUGAUACAGGUUUAUCUGCUGAUGUAUUUAGGUUUUAUUUAUUAUUUGUCAGACCUGAAUCUCAAGAUAGUUCAUUUAGCUGGGCAGAUCUUGCUACUAAAAAUAAUUCUGAACUGUUAAAUAAUUUGGGUAAUUUUUGUAAUAGGGCAUUAUCAUUCCUUGACAAAUUUUUCAAUGGUAUCAUACCAGAUAUAGAAUUAGAAAAAGAUGAACUGACAUUAUUGGCAUUAGUAACUCGUGAUCUACAAGAAUAUAUUAAUGUAUUGGAUAAAGCUAAGCUAAGAGAUGGUUUACGUCUCGUACUUUCUAUUUCUCGUCAUGGUAAUCAAUAUAUGCAAUUUCAAAAACCAUGGGUUCUGGUAAAAGGAUCUGCUAAAGAAAAGAGUAGAGCUGGUACUGUUAUUGGUUUAAGCUGUAACAUAGUUUGUUUAUUAGCAAUAAUGUUACAACCUUACAUGCCUCAAACUGUUAAAACAAUUGGUGAACAGCUCAAUGUCAAUAUUACUUCAUUUUUAUUAAAUGAUUUUGUAUCAAAUCUUUUGAAGUCUGGACACAAAAUUGGAAAACCAUCUCCACUUUUUGAAAAAAUUGAGCAAACUGUUGUAAAUAAACUAAAAGCUCGUUUUGCUGGAAAACAAAAAACUCCAGAAAAAGAACCUGCAUUUGCUCCUGGAUUGGAUAUUAAUUUAUGUACCAGCAUUGAAAAGUUAGAAGAAGCAGCAUCAAAACAAACAUCAAAAGAAGAUAAAAGAGCGCAACCCAAAAUUUUACACAAACAUCCCAUUUUUCCAUGUUCUUUAAAUGUGCUUUUGAGGUGGCUUCUUAGAGUUGAUCAAAAAAGUACAAAUUUGGAUGGAUUCAAACCAUUAUAUGAUCUUCUUUUGGGUAAUUUAGUUCGAACUUUAAAACAAAACGGAACUCAAAAAAAUGACUUAGAACCAUACAUUAAAGCGUUACUGCAAAUAAAAAAAAGUUUGGAACAAAUGAAAAUUGCCUCAAGUUGCACAGAAUCAGUAGAAGAACUUGAAGAUAAAAUUGUACAACAAGGAACCAAAGUUCGAGAGCUGAAAGCAUCCAAAGUCGAGAAAAACAUUUUACAGCCAGAAAUUGAUAUAUUAUUGCAGUUAAAAACAAAAUUAUCUUUAAAAAAAAGACAAUCUGAGGGUUAAAAUAAAUCUUAAGCAAAAUAAUUUGUAACUCAUUAAAUGAUUGAAUUAAAAAAAUCUUUAUUAAAUUAUA